AUGGCCCAGUAUUCUUAUGUUGCGGCACUGGCGCCUCUGCUCAGCAACAGGGAGGCUAUCACAACAACGAGAAGUUAUCCUUACAAGGAAGCACCAGAGUCUAUUGAUGGGACAAGGCCGCUACAUGUAUCACAACGUCCAACACCAAUCCGCAUGGUGCAGUCCCAGGCCCUGGCUAUAGUAGCAAGUUGUCCUUCUCAACACCAAGCAACGCUCGUUGUGAGGAUCAAGCCAUUCAAUCGCAUCCCAAAGCCAUUGAAUUCAACCCAUGCGCUAUUCCUCGUCAAACUAGAUGAGCUGUGGUUCGGAGGACUCAAUAUCAAUCCCUUCGCGCGCGCCUAUGCCCCCGCACUGGCGACAUACGGCAUUACGCAAAGGGGGUUUAUCCAGUUUAUCGACGGGCUCAAUGAAGCGUGGCUUAUUAAUCCUUCACUCAACUAUUUCGGUAUGGCCUCUGGAGCUGCGGGGAUGGCUCUCAGUGCGGAACCUUUCCUUAUAGGCCCAGCUUUGGGAGCCACACCACUCGCUGCGACGGGGGCUUCAGCGGUGGCGACGAUCCAACGUACUAAAAAUCACCUGAAAGUGUGGAACGAGAAGCUCUUCAACCCUGUUGGUUUACAGGCCAAGAUACUCAAGACGGAUAAAUUAAUGCCGCUUCUUGGGUACACUGGGGAUAACGUGUGGGAGCGAUACGAGCGUAGUGCACACGGUGGCGAGGAAGCAGCGAUGGAUUCUGGGGACGACAAAUCGCCGGAGCAGAUCAAGUCUGCUACACAACGAAUCCUGCGCCAGAAAAUGGAGCCUCGAGCACCGUACGUCAUGUCGCCCAAUUUUGAUGUCGAAGCGCUGGUAGAAAUGGAGGGGAUGAUGAAGCAGUGGGGGGGCGAAGGAGGCGAACCGGAUGGAGAAGCUGCAGCUCAAGAUGAUGCGACGUAA